GACUCUGUAAUACAAUUCGUCGAGUUUCCCCGUCCCAUCUUCCCUCUCCUCCCAUCCGUCCACCAUCUCCCCCGUCUCAGCGUCCCUUUCUGGGAUGGGCAUUGGGCAACGAAAGCCUUCAUCGGUCCGCUUUCAUAUCGAUCGAUUGAUCGCUUCUUCCUCCUCCUCUUCUUCUUCUUCUUUUCUUCCGUCGAGAGAAGAGGUGGAGGCUCUUAUCGUUGGUAGAAAUAGCGAGGUUGGAGGGCGUCUGUAAGAGGAGAAGAGGCGGAUCGGAGAAGGAGAGAGAGUGAGGGAAGGAGGGCGAUUUUUGUUGAUCUGGAUAGGAGGAACGAUGUACAAGACGGACGAGGACUAUGAUUACUUGUUCAAGGUGGUGUUGAUUGGGGACUCUGGGGUUGGGAAGACGAACCUGCUCUCCCGGUUCGCCCGCAACGAAUUCAGCUCCGAGUCCAAGUCCACCAUCGGCGUCGAGUUCGCCACCCGCACCAUUCGCGUCGACGACAAGCUCGUUAAGGCUCAGAUUUGGGACACCGCCGGCCAGGAAAGGUAUCGUGCAAUUACUAGUGCAUACUAUAGAGGUGCUGCUGGUGCCCUUGUUGUCUAUGAUGUUACACGCCAUAUCACUUUUGAGAAUGCGGAGAGGUGGCUGAAGGAACUAAAAAAUCACACAGACCAAAACAUUGUCAUUAUGCUUGUGGGCAACAAGGCAGAUUUGCGUCACCUAAGGGCUGUUCCUCUAGAGGAUGCGCAGGCCUUUGCUCAAAGGGAGAAGGCUUUCUUCGUGGAGACAUCUGCCCUCGAGUCCAUGAACGUAGAAAAUGCCUUCACUGAAGUGCUUACUCAAAUCUACCAUGUGAUCAGCAAGAAAACGCUUGAUGUCAGUGACGGUCCUGCUGCUGUGCCCAAGGGUCAAACCAUCAAGAUAGCUGAGAAUGAUGAUGCCAAAGCCUCAAAGAAAGCUGGUUGUUGCUCAGAUGGUUGAGCAAUUCUUUCCUAUCUUCUUGAUCUUCAUGGAAAGACUCACGAGAUGCUGUGCUGGAGAUCAAAGGAAGACAUUGGCUAUAUUUGCCUAAAUCUGUUUGAUUCUUUGAUCAAUUAUACCAUCACAAACUGAACGGAGUGUAUAAAAUUUGGUUGGUUUUUACCUUAUGAACACAUCAUAUCUCUGUGAUUCUUUCCUUGAAUUCUAAUUCUGUGAUUUUACUUGUUAUUCGAUUGUCCUUGUCAA